UUCAUCUCACGUUCCAAAACAUGCAUGUUCAUCAAAGACUCUGAAUUAUUGUGAGAUGUCAUUGUGAGUGUGAAUGGUUUUUGGUCUAUGUGAGCCCUGUGAUGAGUGGGGUACCCCGCCACCCCUCGCCCACGGUCAGUCGAGCUCACCCUUGACCCUAAUGAGGUUAAGUGGUAUGGAAGAUGGAUGGGUGAACAUUCAAACAGCUAUCGGCCACAUUCAAGUCAGAGUGAGACAUCUUCCUGAUGGUUGUUGUGUAAUCAGGCUAAUGAGUCCUGACAGUUCGAGCAACUUUCUUUGAAGCCCUCCACAACGCAGUUAUUUUGGGCUCAUCGCUGACUCAGUGCGUAUGUUUGUGCGCAUCCCUCACUGAUCUGCUGUCUGCUGCUCAAACUGACAACUGAUGGAUCACUCGGGUUGCUCGUCGAUUGUUUCGAUCCUUGGUCCUUAAAGACGCGUCCAUGCUGCAAACCUCAUUCAUGAUGAGUCACUGAGCUAAACUCCCACACUUAGAUGCAAGUCCGACCGCUCUACUCUCAGCCACAGAGCCCAGCAUGGACCACGGUAAAACCACGUUUGGUGCAGUCAUGUUGGCAGGAGAGAUAACAACGUGUCUCGGAAUUCUAGGGUCCAGUAAAGCAGAGUCGGUCCGGGCGGGUGACGUCCUGACAGUACUCAGAGAGAAAGUGGCCUUUGUGUCAGGGGGACGAGACAAACGAGGAGGACCGAUCCUGACCUUCCCAGCCAGGACCAACCAUGAGCGGAUAAAGCAGGAAGAUCUGAGCCGGCUGGUGACGUACCUGUCAACCAUACCUAGUGAGGACGUGCGCGCACGAGGGUUCACAGUGGUAGUGGACAUGCGUGGUAGUAAGUGGGACAGCGUGAAGCCCGUGUUGCGUACUUUGCAGGAAUCCUUUUCCUCCAACAUCCACACGGCGGUGCUCAUCAAACCUGAUACCUUUUGGCAGAAACACAAGACCAACCUGGGCAGUGCCAAGCUCAGCUUUGAGACCAAUCUAGUGUCUGUCGAAGGUCUGUCCCGGUUGGUCGACCCUUCUCAGUUGACGUCUGACCUCGGUGGCUCCUUGGAGUAUGAUCAUGUGGAGUGGACCGAGCUGCGUCUGGGUCUGGAGGAGUUCUCGGGGGCCGCCACGCAACUGUUGAACCAGUUGGAUCAGCUGGAAGUUGGGCUGACCAGCUUACCAGAACCGCAAGAUGUGGAUGACUCCCGCAAAAUACUCGAAGAACACAAUCGUCUCCGAAACACCAUCGCGACAGCGCCAGUUGACGCCCUCGACCGAGAGGGGAGGAGCUUGCUCCAGCGCAUGCGCCUGGGCCCCUCCCACGGGGACACCUCCAACGAGAGCGGCGGCGGGAGCCAUGGCAGCUGGCUGUCAGGUGGGGCCGACUUCCAAAGCGUGGCUCCAAAGGUCUCCUCUCUACUAGACCGUCUGCAGGUGGCUCGCACUCACCUGCUGCAGAGCUGGAGCGACAGGAAGCUCCACCUGGACCAGGCGCUGCAGUUGCACCUGUAUGAGCAGGAUGCCACCAAGAUGUCCGAGUGGAUCGCCCACAGUAAGGAGUUGUUCAUGCAGACUUUGGUGGAGGUCGGUCAGAACCACCAGCACGCCGUUGACUUACAAUCACAACAUCAGCACUUCACCUCAAAUGUGAUGAACGGGAGUGUAAAUGUGGACAGUGUCGUUACUGUGGCAGCCAGGCUUGCAGAGGCUGGUCACUUUGGGGCGGAGAGGAUUGCCACGGUGUCCUCACAGCUACAAGAAGACUGGAAGUUACUGACCACAGCUCUGGAAGAGCGUAGCAACACGUUAGCCAUGGCCACUGGCUUCCACCAAGGGGCAGAGCAGUUCCUUCACAAAGCGGAGGCGUGGCUUCAGACCUAUGCCGAGGCAUCGCUGCCGAUGGCAACGGCUGAGCUGGAGGAAGCUGUAAAAAAACACCAGGAGCUGAAUGAGGAGGUGUCUGCCAACUACACUCAGGUCAGCGAGAGUGGUAAAGCCUUGCUGGACGUGUUAAACCGCAGCACGGUGACUGACCACAAUGACACGUCAACUAAACCAGACCUUACUGGCACCACGCAUGGCAUCAUGGGAGUUCUGCACCAGGUCAUGCAGGGUCACCAUGACCUGGAGAACGCGUGGCAACAUCGCAAGCUCCGCCUCCACCAGCGCCUUCAGUUGUGCGUGUUUCAACAAGACGUCAAACAGGUGUUGGACUGGGUGGAGCAGCACGGUGAGGUUUUCCUCAACAAACACAGCGGCGUCGGGAAGUCUCUGCAUCGAGCGCGAGCGCUUCAGAAACGUCACGACGACUUCCAGCAAGUGGCUCAAAACACUUACACCAACGCAGAGAAGCUCCUGGAAGCCGCUGACCAACUGGCUCAGUCUGGCGAGUGUGAGGAGGAAGAGAUCUACCAGGCGGCCCGAGACUUGGAGCUCCGCAUGCAGGCGUUCAUUCAGAAAGUAGAACAAAGGAAGAUGCUGCUCGACUUGGCCGUGUCCUUCUACACACACACCAAAGAGCUGUCGUCCUGGAUGGAAGGACUCCAGAAGCAGCUCUCGACUGACCUCUGCACCGGUUCGGAAUCGGUCGAAGCUCUGCAGGCGCUCAUGAACCAGCAACAACAGCAGCAGGCCAACACACAGGAGGCUGCAAUGAGUGUCAUCAGAGAAGGGGAAGACCUCAUCCUGCAACUCAGGCCCCAGGGCAGCUCAGUGGCCCAUGUGGAGUCAGUGCUGCAGCACCUGGAGGAGUUCCACGUUCAGCUGGAGGAAGUUUUCCAUCAGCGGAAGAUCCGAUUAGAUGUUUACCUGCAACUGCGUAUCCUACAACAGUGCAUACUGGAGGUAACCGGGGAGAUGGACGCCUGGAAGCAGGAGCUCCAGAAACAAUCCCAGGACCUUUCUGCUGAGAAGCGGCUAUCUGACGCAAGCCAAGAAAAGCAGGCACUCGGGCCGUCGCGACUCGCUGAAGCUAGCCCGGAGGCACUGACAUUAGCGCAGCAACGCAUUCACAGGCACAUGGAACGGAGGCUCGCGGUGAACAACAUGACCUACGAGGUGGUCCAACAAGGUCACGACCUUCAGCAGUACAUCACCGAGGUCAAGUCAACAGGAAUUGAGCUGUCAGAGGUGGAGGGCAAUCUCUCAUCUCAGGUUGAGGAGCUGCAACGCCUGAUGCUGGACAAACAGAAGGAACUGCAGCAGAUUGCGGAUCACAGUCAUACACACCUGGAACAGAACCUGCAGCUUAGACACCUACAGAACCAGGUCAAACAGGUGCUGGGUUGGAUCACGGAGGGUGAGGUCAUGCUGUCAUCCUGCAUGCUGAACUCCAGUUGUUUGUCAGAAGCCGAACAGCUGCAGAGGGAACACGAGCGCCUCCAACAGGCCAUAGAGGCUCUCCUGCAUGCUGACUCCCUGCAGAGGACCCACCAGGUGGCUCUGGCCCUGCAGCAGAGAGCAGAACUGCUCGUCAGGUCAGGCCAUUAUGAUCCGGACGCAGUGAGGUCCUGCGCGCAGACGGUGGCGCUCCACUGGCAGACUCUGAUGCUGCGGAUCGAGGACCGACUCAAACUGGUCAAUGCUUCCGCCGCUUUCUACAGAACAUCGCAACAGGUAUGCGGUGUGCUGGAGAGUCUGGAGCAGGAGUACCGCAGGGAGGAGGACUGGUGCGGGGGCGGAGACAGACAGCCUGAGCAUCUCCUGCCUCUCAUCAACAAACACAUGGAGCAGAAGGAAGCCUUUCUCAAGGCCUGCACGCUCGCGAGACGGAACGCAGAAGUUUUCCUCAAGUACAUCCACCGCAAUAGUGUCACCAUGGCAAACAUCUCCGGCCACAAUGUCACCGUGUCGGGGGUCACCGAGGUCACUGGGCACUCACGGGUACCAGAGCAACAGGUCAAAGGUAUCCUCAGUGAGUUGCUUCAGAGAGAAAAUAGAGUUCUUCAUUUUUGGACAUUAAAGAAGCGCCGACUGGACCAGUGCCAGCAGUACGUCAUGUUUCAGAACCACACACAGCAGGCUCUGGAUUGGUUGGCACAGUCAGGAGACCACUACCUGGCCACACACACGUCACCAGGAGCAACAGCGACGGAGACGCAGGAGUUGCUCAACCAGCACCGGCAGUUUUGUGUUUCGGCCAAGCACACCCAGGAAAAGGUUCACUUGCUCAUCCAACUGGCCGAGAGCAUGCUGACGAAAGGCCACGCCCACCGCCUGGAGCUUCGCCGCUGUGUUUCCGCCGUGGAUAAACGGUACCGGGACUUCACCGUCAGGAUGGGCCAGUAUCGCCACGUGCUAGAGACGGCACUGGGAGGCUGCUCAAAGGACAACAAGGACUUGGAGCUCGAACUGAUUCCCAACAGUCUGUCUGACUCGGACCCGGAAGUCAAUCUGUCAGACCCCAGCCACCAGGUCAGCGAUGAGAAGAGACGCUCAGCCCGCAAGAAAGAGUACAUCAUGGCGGAGUUGCUGCAGACGGAGAGGGUCUAUGUCAGGGACCUUCAAGAAUGCAUCGAGACGUACCUGUGGGAGAUGACGAGCGGCUCCGAGGACGUCCCGUCUGGUCUCAGCAACAGGGAUGACGUGGUCUUCGGGAACAUCCAGGAUAUCUACGAGUUCCAUAACAGUAUUUUCUUGAAGGAGCUGGAGAACUAUGAGCAACUUCCUGAAGAUGUGGGACAUUGUUUUGUCACUUGGGCUGACAAGUUCCACAUGUACGUGACCUAUUGCAGGAACAAGCCAGACUCCAGCUUGUUGAUCCAGCAGCAUGGUGCUGGCUUCUUUGAGGAGGUCCAGAGGAGACACGGGCUGGCCAACUCCAUCUCGUCGGCGCUCAUCAAACCCGUUCAGAGGAUCACAAAGUAUCAACUGUUGCUGAAGGAGUUGUUGGCCUGCUGCGAAGAAGGAAAAGGCGAGAUCAAAGAAGGCCUGGACGUCAUGCUGAGUGUUCCCAAGAGAGCUAACGAUGCUAUGCACGUUAGCAUGUUAGAGGGUCUCGAAGAAGGUCUGGAGGUACAAGGUGAGCUCCUGCUGCAAGACUCCUUUCUCGUUUGGGAACCAAAAUCCCUCAUCAGGAAGGGGCGUGACCGACACCUCUUCCUGUUUGAGCUGUCGCUCAUCUUCAGCAAGGAAAUGAAAGAUUCAUCGGGACGAACCAAAUACCUUUACAAGAGCCGCUUGAGGACAUCGGAACUUGGCGUGACGGAGCACAUCGAAGGGGAUCCUUGUAAAUUUGCGCUUUGGGUCGGCAGGACGCCCACUUCGGACAACAAGACGGUUCUGAAGGCAUCGUCCUUGGAGCUGAAGCAGGAGUGGGUCCGCAGCAUUCGCCAAGUGAUCCAGGAGAGACGGGGUCACCUGCGGGGGGCGCUGAGGGAGCCCAUCCCCCUUCCCAAAACCCCAAAUUUGACUCUUGGGCGGCAACGCAGCAUCACGCGCAGGGAGACCAGCGAGGAUGCCGACAGCUUGGGCGAUGCCAGCAGCCAGCCCGACACCGUCUCCAUCGCCUCCCGAACAUCCCAAAACACCGCAGACAGCGACAAGCUGUCGGGAGGCUGCGAGCUAGUGGUGGUGUUGUUGGAUUUCUCCUCUGGUUCACCCGGAGAGCUCAGCGUCCGCUGCGGUCAGACUGUGGAGCUCGUGGAACGCUCAGCGGACCGACCUGGCUGGUGUCUUGUUAGAACCACCGAUCAAACUCCGCAACAGGAGGGCUUGUUGCCGAUGAGCGCCCUCUGCCUCUCGCACUCCCACAGUGCUGCCGACAUGGAAACACUGGUGCCGGCGUCCCCCGCCUCCUCGGGCAAUGCCCCCUCCUGCAUCACCACCACCACCUCCUUCAGUGCCUCCAAUUCAUCGUCGCUGCCGAGCUCCGGGAAGGAUUCUGCACCAUUAACCCCCGAGACAGCCGGGCUGCACCCUCAACCCACUCAAAGUAAGACACAAGUGAAAAUAGACGACUCCCCAGUUACGGGGGGGUGAAAUCACAUGACCUGAAGCGUCUUAUGUGAACAAUUGUAGGACUUGGGACUUGCUUGUCCAAAACCUAUCAAAGAUUCAACUUGACUUUGUAUAGAUGAGACUCGAUUUGAACUAC